CGGAAUCAGUUACCUUCAGCGCUCAUCCCCUUGCUAUGGAUGCCUUGGGUUCUGGGGGCGAGAGCCCCUCCCUGACCUCUUCCACUCGUAGCCUGAACCUGCAUCGACUGUCUGUGCACGCCGACUCAGCCUACAGCUCUUUCUCCGCGGCCUCCGGAGGUCCUGAGCCACGCACGCCGUCGCCCGAGACUGUCCCUGUUCCUUACCUAGACUGGGACUACGUGCACGUGGUGCGGGGCAGCCGGACACAGGUCCCCAUCCCGUCCGCAGCAGUUUUUCGCACUUGCCAGCUGCCUCAGCCGGCCGCAGCUGCGCUCUGUGGACCGCAUCUCGCAGAGGCACAAGGUACCCGGGAGGCGCUCAACAGGCAGGCCACCCCGCUGCUGUAUGCGCUGGCGGCGGAGGCUGAGGCCACGGCUCGAGCUGCGGAGCCGCCCAGCCCACCGGCCUCGCGGGCUGCUUACCGCCAACGGCUACAAGGCGCGCAGCAGCGGGUGCUCCGGGAGACGUCCUUCCAGCGCAAGGAGCUCCGCAUGAGCCUGCCCUCCCGCCUGCGGCCCGCCGCACCCGCGCGGCCUUCCACGGUGCACCAGCGCUCCGCCUCGCUCAGCCAUCCACUAGGAGAGGUGGAAGGGUCGCGCUGCUGGGCUCCUGCGCCAAGAACCGCAGGCCUGGAGCGCCUCGCCAGCCAGAAGCGGCAAUGGUGCUUCUCGGAGCCCCGGAAGCUGUAUUGCAUGGGUCAGGGCGCUGGGACUGCGGGGGAAUGCUCCAGUGAGGCUUGCCGCAGUUCUUCCUUCAGCAGGCCGGAGCCCCAGGAUUUGCAGCAUGGUGCUGAGUUCGAAGGCCACCAGGUUCCAUGGCUGCCCGGGACCCAGCUCCAAGCCAAAGUUGACCUGAACUUUGGAUCCUUGAAACUCUGUGAGGCCUAUAAGUCGACCAGUCGGAGUCAGAGCAUUUCAGGCUUGGGCCGCUGGGGAGGCUCAGGUGGGAUCAUACCUGUUGUCCAGGUAUGGAAGAUGGGGAUGCAGGCUAGAGGGAGGAGGUUGGAUGGAUCACCUAGAAGACUGAAAAUCCACACCACAAUUUAUCAACUGUUUGCUUUUCCAGGCUACUCCCCAAGGACCACUGUGUCAAACCAGACUUACCAGAAGACAGUUACAGGGGUGUGUCCUGUAAAAGCCCCCCAGGACAGCCAUGAGGACUAUGAGCAGAAGGCCUCAAAGACCCACAUGGGGUCUACCCAGCUCUUCUUUCUGCCUGAUGAUGAAGUUUUCCUGGAUGAAAAUCCCUUGUUCAGAAGGAGAUUAUCUCAAGACGCCUGUGACCCACAGGGUCUCCCAAUCUGUACCCAUGAUCAACAGUAUGGAGCUGGCCUGAACCAAUGGACUGGUCAGGCUACAGUCACCCCAGAAUACCAUCUCCAUGAACACCCAGAAGCUGCAGCGGCAGGCAACUGCUGGCAGGGAGUGAACGGUUCUGUAGGUGACUCCAGGAUCACGUGUUGUCAUCCCCCUGGUGACAUUGCAACCACUGACCCCACUAGACUGCUGGCCACUGACUCAACUGCAGUUGCAGAGAGUGACUCCCUUAAACCUCUCCUAGCUGAUGCCGUGAGACCUUCAGGCAAUGAUAUCCCAGGGCCUCCUGACCAUACUGCCAAGGCCCAGGGUGCUGGCAAACCUGGUUUCAGGCCACCAUGGCCUAGUCAGCGGCUCAAGGAGCUAGUUCAGGAGUUGGCCAGGCUGGAUCCCUCUCUGAGUGACACCCUUACACCCCACGCUAGCCCUGAACCACCCCUGGAUAUGUUGGAUGGACUGAUUCCUUUAGCUGACAUCUGGGCUGCAAUGCAGCCAACCUAUGGGGAGACUAGAGAGGAGGCUGGUACUUCUGAGCCAUGGUCCAGUCAACUCGGGGCAUCCCAGCUCCUAACAACUUCUCAGGAGGAGAUAAAGCUUGAAAACUCUACCACAUACCCUGUGCCUGACCAGCCAUAUGGCCAGGGCCCCUCAGAGCCAACCCAAAGCAUCCAGGCCAAGAAGGUGGAGCUCGUUGACCUCCUCCAAGAGAUGCUGCAGGAACUUCAGGCAGAACAGGAGCAGCUACAGGGGGCAGCCCAGGCAUGUGCCAGGCACAGGGUGGCUCUGGAGUCCACGGUAGGACAGACCUGUUCACCCCGGGAGCUCGAGCGGUUCAGCAGGUUCAUGGCCGACCUGGAGCGCGUCUUGGGUCUUCUCUUGCUGCUGGGCAGCCGCCUGGCCCGCGUACGUGGUGCCUUGAUCCGGGUGGGCACAAACGGCGACCCUGAAGAACGGGCCUCUCUGCUGCAGCGACUUCAGCUUCUGCAGCGGCAGCAAGAAGACGCCAAGGAGCUGAAGGAGCACGUGGCGCGGCGGGAGCGGGCCCUGAGGGAGGUGCUGGUGCGGACUUUGCCAGAGGAGGAGCUGCGUGCUUACAGCAGCCUGCUGGCUGGCAAGGCUGCUGUCCUGGCCCAGCAGCGUAGUCUGGACGAGCGGGUCCGCCUACUCCAGGAUCAACUGGAUGCCAUCAGGAGUGACCUUGGUCAUCACUUCCUGCCCUCCAAGCCAGCCUGGCCUCCAGGGACCCGACCUCCGGAUAAACCGCCCUUCCCACCUCCAUCCUUUUAG